CCCAACGGAAAACAACUGCAAGCAACCUGUGUAUAUAUUUUCCCUGCGAGUAUUUAUUAUUUUCCUUAGGAUUUUAUACACCGACUCAAAAACCAUUGCCAUUUUCUUAUGCUAUGUGAAAAUAGAGAGAAAGCUGUCGAUCUUUUGGUUCUUCCUCUUAUUGUUCUUGGGUUAGCUAGGUUUACCUUACUAAAUCUUCUUCCCUCCCAUCAAUGGUGGAUCUUCAAACUGUAUGUUGCAUGUGCGGCGACGUCGGUUUCCCUGACAAGCUCUUCCGUUGCAGCAAAUGCCGCCAUCGCUUUCAGCACUCCAACUACUAUAGUGAAUUAUCGGAGCCGACUGAGCUGUGUGAUUGGUGCCUGAGCGAAGAGAAGAAUGCCAGAAAGGGAAACUCUUCGAAGAAAUCAGCAGUCGGCCAUGAUAGUGGAGGAGUUACCAACCGAUCGGAGUACUCAGGUGACAAAAUCAAGCAACAUGAUCGAGAAGAGAGCACUGCCGAGAAGGGAAAGAGCUCGAGUGGGGUGCCUUCUCCAAGAACAGCUACCCGCAGGUACAAGCUUCUCAAGGAUGUGAUGUGUUAGAACGUUAACGAAGGAAUUGGGUGUCAAAAACUUUUCUUGGAUGUUCAUAGUGGCCAAUACUAGCUAUUAUAUAAGCUGUUGCUUUUGCGGUUUUGCUCGUGCUGUGCUUUGAUCAGUAAGCUGUUAAUAAAAUAAUGCUACUUUUUUCAA